AUGAAUCACAAUCAAACUGUUAUCGCCCCAUUUAAGUUCUCUGGAUCUAAAAAGGAUGUUUCCAGAAUUUCUACAUUUUUGUUGAGUUUUGAGACCCAGUUCGUCGAGUGUGGUAUUGAAGAUGAAUACGCAAAAAUUUGUUAUGUGGCUCAAAACUUUACUGAUGAUGCUUUAGAAUGGUUUGCUAAUUAUUUUAAUCUUAAUGACUGUAGAGCUAUGACAUACUCUGCAUUUGCCGCUGAUUUUAAGGAUUACCAUAGUUCCAAGAUUGAUCCGUACCAGCUUUUGGAAAGGUCGAAACGAACUUCACAAAAGGGAGAUAUUGAUCCUUCUGAGAUUGAUUCGUACCAGCUUAUGGAAAACUGGAAGCAAACUUCACAAAAGAAGGAUAUUGAUACGUAUGUUAAACAGUUUAUGACUUAUCAUGCAAUGUUACCUCGUGGUUAUACGUCAGAUGCUUUUGCUAUUGAUUUGUUCAUUCAAGGAGUGAGGCUUCAGACUCGUCAAAUGUUGAGAAUGUACCAAUUUGAUAGGUUAAUUGAUGCUGUUAAUGCUGCUAAAAAGAUUGAACACUGCCGCAAAAAUUCGGAUGUUUCACUUGAUGAUGAAUGUAACCUUACUGGAAAUAAGAAUAAAUUAGAUACGGACCUAGAUUGUACCAUGAACCGGAUUAACAACACAAGACAUGGUUAUUCGAAGACUGGGAGAAAAUAUACUGGAAAAGACAAAGAAGGGAAGAAUUCCAAUAGAAAGGAUAACUUUCAAGAGAAGUUUUACAAUGUUUGUAGAAGAAACAAGUUGUGUUUCAACUGCGGUUCCCCAGAUCAUAUAAAAGCUAAUUGUCCUGGUAAUGCGAGGCGUUCCUAUUAA